AUGUCCAUUAGCCAACUGCAGUGCAACCAGCUCAUUGAGAUUAUAAAGAAGCCCGGUCAGUCUCUCGGUCUGUAUCUGAGAGAGGGAAACGGUAUCGAUAGAACUCACGGAGUGUUUGCUAGCCGCUUCGGAGAAAACUCCGAGUUAGAAAAAUACGGUGACGUUAUUCGGCCUGGCGAUGAGAUUCUCUCCAUCAACAACGUUGAGGUUUCGUCAAUGUCCAUUGACGAUGUCGUGCUCAUACUGAGCAUCCCGCGAAGACUUCUGCUCCGAAUACGCUACGUGAAACAUCGUCGAGACCAGCAGCAAGCUGCCACGAAAUCAACUGAGCGUCCAGUCGUCGUUUUCCACAAGUUCGAGGAGCGUUCUGACGAGUCAGCGAGUGGUUCUAUUCUCACCCAGCCGAUUCCUACCGCACAAACAUGGCUGGGUAAGAAGGCGCGGCAACAACAGCAGGUAAGCCAAAAAGUUUUCUUUGCGUGUUUUUUUCUUUGUGGUCUUGUUUUCCUUUAUUUCUUAGCUAUGUGA